UGUUUACUCUCUCUCAUAUGUUCUCUACGUGUAAACACAAGUGGUGAGACAAGAACCGUAAAUAGAAGUGCUAUUGCCAGAAACUUCUUACCUGAAGUCCCCGGCGUGACUGAACUUGAUUUCCAUGUACUGAGUAGGCUGUAGCAUGAUCCAGAGUGCAGUCAUAGUAAAUAUCUUGGAUGAUCAGGCACAGGUUCGAUCAACAAAUUGCUAGGGUUAGCUGAAAGAGUUGGGGUUGGUGCUCUGGUAGAGCUUCCAACAGGCCAGUAAAAUAACCUCCAACUUAAAAUGAAGAAGUCAUCAAAGAAUUCUUCAGCAGCUAAAGGAAAGGCAGAAAAACUUCAGCUGGGAAUUGAUCUGACGGAAGCUGCUCUGCUUGAACUAGAUUUCCUGGCUUGUGUGAACCAGUUCCAGAGUUUAUAUGGUGGACCUGUAGUCAGGCGUGCCAUCCAACGAUACGAAGAAUUAUGGCUGCCAUUUGCUGCAAAGCUACAAGCCCAAGAAACUAUCAAGCAGAAAAAUGUAAAGCUUGCGGCUCCUCUUGACAUAGCCUGGGUGUGGCACUGCCACCUGCUGGCCCCACUCAAGUACACAGAGGACUGCAUGGCUCUUGUCAACUGUGUUAUCCACCAUCAUCUGCUCAGUGAGAAAGAGAGAAGUGCCUCUUUGCUGAAGACCAAAAGUUUCUGGAUAAUGGAAUAUGGCCCGGAUGUUCCGUUUGAGGUGGACUUGACAGAUGAGAUUUCACCGGCCUUUGAUUACAAAACUAAAUGCUCUUAUGGUUUAGAGUCUGCCAUUGAAAGGCAGCGUGUGUUCUAUUACCAGGUGGCUCUCCCCCACUAUAGGAGCCAGGCCUUGUUGAAGAAGGCUGUUCAGCGUUAUAAAAUGUACCUGUACCUGAAACAACAAAACCCUGAUGUCUUUCUUGUCCCAUGCUAUGACAUUGAUCUUAUAUGGCAUGCACACCAGGUACAUCCACACCUCUACCAAGCGGACACUUCGGCCAUCUUGACCAAAGUGCUAAACCAUGAUGAUUCUGUUAAUGAUCGUAGUGAGGGAUCUAGGCUCAACAGAGCUGACGAACUGACUCGUAGACUUUGGCAGGAUUUAUUUGAUGAAAGCUUCUCCCAGCCAGGUUGUAUGUUCCGCGGGCUGCCACCAGAGGGCAAGCUGGUUGCCAUGACAACUGCACAGGUCAGCAGUCUCACCUCCAAAUACACACAUGUCACCAUCAGUGAGGCAGUUGCCACACCCCUCCAACCCACCAUCAAAAAGGGGAAGGUCAACAUUUUCCUGAGUGCGCUUCCUUUACGCAUGGUGCCCUCUGAGUCUGCCUUCAAGGCUGCACGCAAGCGCAUUGUAUCGUUGAAGAUACCAGCCGGCAGUUUUAAGCCAAAGCAUUUCAACUACGACACAGGGAGACAUCCAUAUGUUAUCCUCCAGGCUGUGAACACUACAGGUGCAGUGUGUGGGUGUGGGGGGGAGGAGAUAGGGCUCAGUGAGUACCCACUAGGAAACCUAGUAGAGGAGGAACAUGGGAAGAACCACCAUCUUUCUCAGACGGUUACCUUCCCUGAGGAGAUGAACAUCCAACUUGAGCUGGACAUUGGUCAGCUGCAGCAGGGUCCAGCUGUCCUGCAUGUCAUGGCUGGACACUUUGAGAAUGCUGUGAUGCCAGAGAAUAUAGAGGCCAUGUGGGGUCCCAUACCACUGACUGCUCUGCCUCCUGGUGUACAGAAUACUUGUGUGGUGGCAUCACAUAGGAUAUUCAAUCACCUUCAUAAACUGUGCUUCACUUGCCGCAUUAUCCACUGUAUUCCUCUGUUGAUGUCUGCGGUGCAGGUGUUCUACGGGGACAAAAUGGUGGCUGUGUCUCAUCUAAUUGGCACUGACCAGUUACCAGGCAAAGCUCAGUUGAGGAAAGGUGACAGUCAAUACUGCACUCUGGACAUAGACAGUGCAGAGAGAGCUAUGCUGAUCAAGAAUACCCGCGGAGACUGGGCCAUAGUGAGAGGGAAGUGGGUGGGAUAUGUAAAGGGAGUUCCUGGAGUGCCUGGUGUCCCUGGUACUCAAGACAACCCUGGGGUGCGGGGAACUCCUGGUGUAAAAGGCAGCCCAGGUCACCUGACUGUCAUGUGCUAUGAUUUGGUCCAUGGCCAGAAGAAUGCGCCACCAGUCGUCCAAGUCCCAGCUUCUAGAGCCUUUGACUUCACAGUGAGAGAUGUGUACGCUAACAUGUCCACCAGUCAGAUCAAGAUAAGUGCAAGCACUAACGAAGUUGCUGAGCACCUGGCGUUAGCUUUCUCAGUGUCCAUGCUCCAUGUGCUGUGUCAGCCGCGCCCCUACCCAGAGUCUGGGAUUGAUUCCCAGGGAAAACAAGUGUUGAAGAUCGCACCACCAGGAUAUGCCAAACUGAACAACAUGAACUACGAGGAGCUGACCUUCCUGGUUGCCGCGGGAUACCUGACCUCCACUCCCUGCAACUCCUAUCUGAAGACCCACGUCAACAGUGGGGGGUGUGCAGGGUGCUGUGGGGGAGGGGAAGGUGGGGCCUGUGGGGGGUGCGGAGGGUGUGGGGGGUGUGGUGGAUGCGGAGGGUGUGGGGGGUGUGGAGGCUGCGGGGGAUGUGGUGGGUGUGGGGGGUAGAUGAUUCUUUAAAUAAUGGGGUGGGAGAGAGAGCUGGAAGUGAAGGCGGGAUAGUGGCUGUAGUUUUAACACCAGUCUACACUUUGUAUAUAUAUGAAAGAGAAUUUUGUACAAGAGUACAAGUACCUUGGUAGGUGAAGCAAUAUUGAGAUUAUUAGCAAUUAUAACAGAUGAAUUUGUUACCAGGUAUAUAGCACUUUAGGGUCAUUGUCCCACAUAUCAUAGUCUGUCCACCACAGCCUUGACAAAUGUCUUUGAUACUAAUCUUGUGUCGUGAAGUGUUUUAUUCCAGUCAUGUGUCAGGUAGUAAAAGGUGUUUUAAAUCUUUUAGAUUUCCUGGGUCCAAUUUUUACAUGAUAUUAAUGUACAUUAGCACACCAAUGAUGGCAGAUUGUAAUAACAAGAUAUGUUGACUUAGUUUACAAAGUGGAGUAGUUAGACAUUACCACUUUACCACAUUGAGAAAUUGGGGGAGGGAGGAAGCUGGAAAAGGACAGAAUGACAUAAGUUGUGUUGGUUGAUAUUGUUUUAUUUUAUUACAUAUUUUUUAUAUUAUUAUUUUUUAAGCCCUAAGUUGGUCUAGCCUACCCCC